CCUGCCCUGCGCCCCGGGAUUACAGAUGGUCGUUCAGCUCCGCCCCGAGCCCCAGCUGCCCGGCAGGAUGGCCGAAGGGAGCCAGCCCAAAGUGGAAGCCAAUAUCCUGGUGCUGGGAGCGGAGAAAGUGGGGAAAUCCGCUCUGACAGUCCGAUUCCUCACCCGGAGGUUUAUUGGUGAAUACGGAGAUAUUGAAUCCGUUUACACGCACAACGUGAUGGUCGGAGGCAGAGACGUUUGCUUCAGCAUCUGGGACUCCACCUGCCCCCAGACCGCCGAGCUCCAGGGCUGGGUGAGUGAGAAGCAGCUGCGCUGGGCGGACGGCUUCGUCGUAGUCUACAGCAUCUGUGACCGCUCCAGUUUCCAGCUGGCCCGCCAGCAGCUCCAGCGCAUCCGGCAGCUGAAGCGACGGAGCGGUUCCGAGAAAGUGCCCGUCAUCCUGGUGGGCAACAAGCGGGACCUGCAGCACCGGCGGGCCGUCUCCAGCGAGGAAGGGCGGCUCCUGGCCCUCUCCACGAACUCGGGUUUCUUUGAGAUCUCGGCCGCUGAGACGUACCACGGUGCCCUGGUGGUCUUCCACGAGCUCCUUGACCUGGUGCGGGACUCCAGGAGCUCCGGCAAGAAGGCCGUGGGCAUCCGCGGCAUCGUCCGCACCAUGUCGGCCGUCUUUGGGAGGAGGAGGACAGACUAAGUGAGGAGGGGUCCCAC